AUGAAGCUUUGGCGUUUGCUCUUUGCCGGCUCUAUCGGGCUUCCGAAGGCUGACUCUUCUACUGUCGAUCGUCCCGCAGCCGCAGCCGUUGCCCGUCGCGCAGUUUACGAUGGAAACACGGCCUCUACUAGGUCAACAUGGUGCGAAUACUCCAUGGACACUGACUAUUUGUCCGAAGCUAUUGAUACCGGCAUUACCCGUGAAUAUUGGCUAGAGCUGACUGAUGUCACUGUUGCCCCGGACGGCUAUUUAUAA